AUGACGUCACAAUCCCAUCAUCACCAGGGUCUGAUCCAGCGAAGCCUGCAGCCCUCGAACCUCGAACUAACCUCCGCUCACCACAAGAGCGUUGUCAAAAUGGGACAGGUGUCGUAUGGAGCCGCUCUCAUCACCAACCCUCCACACACACGGACCACAGCGACGCGGACACACGCACCAUCUCUCCGGACUUUAACUCUCGGGGUUUUUUUGUUGGAUUUUUUUUUCUUCUGCAGGAUUUACUUUACGCACGGGGGUCAUGAGCUCGGCGUGCGUGGUCGUGAAGCCGCCUUCCUUCGGCGCAGCUCCGUGGUCGCGCCCGGUCACAGCGAACAGCCGCCCGGUCCCCAACACCAGUCAGACGGCGCUGUGGAGACCUUGGCUUUCCAACACCGACUCGAGACACGACGUGAGAGGAGCAGACUGACCUGUCCGUACUCCAGACCCGCCAUCCCGGGCCGCUUCUCCUCCGACGGAAAACCUCAGAUGUUCCAGCACCCGGUCAGACUCUUCUGGCCCAGAUCCAAAUCCUUCGACUACUUGUACAGCGACGGGGAGGCGCUGCUCAGAAACUUCCCCGUCCAGGCCACCAUCAGUUUCUACGAAGACUCCGACAGCGACGACGACGACGACGAGGAAGAGUGUGACGAAGAGUCUGAGGAGGAGAAGGAGCACGCAAAACCGAGCUCCCGUUUGGACGCUCUCAACUGAAGGACACGGACGGGACGACGAGAUGUUAACGUGACUGAUUUAACAGGUUUCGGACUUAAAAUAACGAGGAAAGGAGAAGUUUUCAAGGUUAUGUCUUCAUCAAACUACUUUUUAUACAUUUCUAGACGCUUGUGAAUGAUUCAAGAAGAUUUUAGGGGCUGUAUUUUUACAUUAUUUAAUUUUUUUAUUCAAAUCUGGAGCACAAACAUUUAGUUAAAGUGUUCAUAUUACGCUAUUUUCUCUGUUAAAAUGUAGUUUCCUCGUCACAAACUGUUUUUUUUUUUUUUCACACAAACUCGGCAGAUUUAGGUUUAGGAGUUCGUCUCUCAAGCUGAAAACACCCUGUUCCAAUUUGUGAUGUCAUAUUGUAAUACAGGAAGUACUCCACUGUGUUUUUAAACUCUAUAGGCGAGUUUCAUUGUUGACAAAAGCGCACGUUGCAUGCUGGGAAUUAUUUUGCUUGGCGGCAAGAAACACUAAUUCAAC